AUGGAUAACAACAAACCGAUUGUUACCCCUGUGGUGCUCAAAGGAGCAAACUACUUGUUGUGGAAAAGAACCACAAAGACCGCACUCAGUGGUCGGGGACUAUGGAUCCAUGUUGAGACGGACCAACUCCCCAAGAAAGCCAUCAAAGAAGAUGGUAAAGAAGAAAAGGAAGAAGACAAGGAAGCUGAUCUUGAAAAGGAAGUCAAGUGGUUCCAAGAAGAUCAGACUGUGCUUGCCAUUCUCCAAAACUCGCUGGACGCACCAAUCCUUGAAGCUUACUUGUAUUGCGAGACGGCCAAGGAGUUGUGGGAGACGUUGGCAAAUGUCUAUGGGAACGUGACCAACUUGACUCGAGUGUUUGAAGUCAAGAAGGCGAUUAACGGUCUCCACCAAGAAGACUUGGAGUUUACGAAGCAUUUUGGGAAGUUCCGGUCAUUGUGGGCUGAGCUUGAAAUGCUUCGACCAAGCACCAUCGAUCCGGCGAUUCUCAAUGAGAGGAAAGAGCAAGACAAGGUCUUUGGCCUCCUUCUCACUUUGAACUCGGCGUUUAAUGAUCUCAUCAAACACAUUCUUCAAGGCGACAAGCUACCUACUCUAGAGGAUGUGUGCUCACAAGUCCAAAAGGAACAAGGUUCACUUGGUCUUUUUAGUGGCAAGGAAGACUUAGCCACAACUAACAAGGGGGUCUACAAACAUGAGGACAAGAAAGUGAUUGUGUGUGACCAUUGCAAGAAGAGGGGCCAUAUCAAGGACAAAUGUUGGAUUCUCCAUCCUCAUCUCAAGCCAGCUAAGUUCAAGGCAAAUCUAUCACAAGAAGUUUCAAGUGGUCAAGGUACCGGUGCAGCGAACCAAGGAGGCGCGGCGGCCAUGGCUGCGUCCUAUGGUGACCUUGUGAGGAAAUCGGAUCUGGAAACCCUCAUCAAGUCCAUCGCUGCACUCAAGGACUCUGGUAUCACCUUCUUUGCUUCAAAACCUAGAGUAGGAGACUUGAAACUGUUUGAUAAAAAUUCAAAAGCUUUCUUCAUGCCUACUUUUACUUCUAACCUUCUAUCAGUUAAGAAAGCUACUACUGAUCUAAAUUGUUAUACUAUUUUUGGGCCUAAUAGUGUACAUUUUCAGGAUAUUGAGACUGGAAAGAUUCUUGGAGAAGGGGAUGCUAGAGGAGAUCUCUAUGUCCUAGAGAACACUUCAUCAAGUCCUUCUAAGUGUUUUUCUUUUAUGUCGAAUCUUAGUAAUAUUUCGAGUGAUGUAUGGCAUGCUAGGCUAGGCCACCCUCACGCUCGUGCUCUUGAAUUAAUGUUGCCCAAUGUACUUAGAUCAGACAAUGGGGGAGAAUACACAAGUCACAAACUCAAAGAGCACUUAGAGAAGCAUGGCAUUCUACAGCAAACUAGCUGUCCAUACACUCCUCAACAAAAUGGGGUAGCUGAGAGAAAGAAUCGCCAUCUCAUGGAGGUUGUGAGAUCAAUGAUGUUUCACUUGAACGUCCCAAAGAGGUUUUGGGGUGACGCCGUGACGAAUGCAUGCUAUCUAAUCAACCGAACUCCAACUAAGAUUCUUCAUGACUCAUCUCCAUUUGAAAUUCUUAAUCAAACUAAACCCUCUCUUGAUUACUUACGAGUUUUCGGGUAUGUGUGUUUUGUUUUGAUUCUAGGAGAACAAAGGAGUAAGCUUGAUGCAAAGAGUACUAAAUGCAUGUUCAUUGGCUACUCUACUACGCAGAAGGGUUACAAGUGCUAUGAUCCGGCUCAUGGCCGUAUGUAUGUCUCCCGGGAUGUGAAGUUUCUUGAAACCCAAGGAUACUAUGCCAACAAAGACUGGGCAAGUUUAAAGGACUUAACUCAAUCUACAAGUGAUAGGGCGGCCAACUUGAAGUUCCUUCUUGAUCACCUUGGAGUCACAACUACAUCACCACACUCUUCCGAGACAAGUCUUCAGUUCAAUCAAGACCAGAGGAGGAGGCAGUUCAAUCUCAAUCCUCUGAUCAUGUUGCCUCCACUUCAUCAGAUGACAUCAUGCCCACUGAUACCGACCCUGCUCAACACACUGUCAGCUUAG